AUGUUUGUUUGGCAGAGAAAGAGUUUAUUGCUAGGGCGGUCGAUCGUGGGCAGCGGCGGAGUCGUUGUUGCUGGAAUCAACGGGAUCGGUAGAAAGAGGUUCAUGUCGUCGUCGUCGUCGUCGUCGUCGAAGGAGUUAACACCAGUGUUCACUCCGAAGGAGCUGGAGGUGGCACGCAAGGAAAGACUGGACGGACUGGGGCCGUUUGUGUCCCGGUUGCCCAAGAAAUGGAUUCCGUAUGCAGAGCUGAUGAGGCUCGAGAAGCCUGUAGGCACGUGGCUGUUAUAUUUGCCCUGCACUUGGUCUAUUCUAAUGGGGGCCACGAUGCAGGGUGCCUCCUUGGGCGCAACAGCUGGUAUGUUGGGUAUUUUUGGUGUGGGCGCCCUGGUAAUGAGAGGUGCUGGUUGCACCAUUAACGACUAUCUGGAUAGAAAACUGGAUCAACGGGUUAUCAGGUCUGUCGAAAGACCCAUUGCGUCUGGUAGAGUUAGUCCCCGUAGCGCGCUAGGAUUCUUGGGUGCUCAAACCCUGGUCGGGAUGGGCAUCCUGUCAUUGCUGCCUGCACAGUGCUGGUGGCUGGGCCUGGCCUCUUUACCCAUAGUGUUCACCUACCCUUUGUUCAAGCGGUUCACGUACUAUCCACAGGCUGCAUUGAGUGCAUGUUUCAAUUGGGGGGCGUUGCUCGGUUUCCCAGCCAUGGGUAUAGUGAGUUGGCCCACGAUGAUACCCUUGUACUUGGGUAGUUAUCUAUGGUGUAUGACUUACGAUACCAUAUAUGCGCACCAAGAUAAAAAGUUCGACAUUAAAGCAGGAAUCAAGUCGACCGCGCUGGCUUGGGGUCCACGCACAAAGUCCAUCAUGAAGGUCAUGUCUGCGUCUCAGAUCACGCUGCUGGCCGUUGCAGGCUUGAACAGUGGAUUGUUGUGGGGGCCCGGGUUUAUUGGUGGACUAGGGAUCUUCACCUACAGGCUAUUCAACAUGAUCAAGAAAGUCGAUCUUGACAAUCCCAAGAACUGCUGGAAGUACUUCACUGCGAACAUCAACACCGGAUUGUACUUCACAUACGCGUUGGCGCUCGAUUACGUGCUAAGGCUGUUUGGGUUGUUGUAA